AGACGUCCAAAGUUUAAUGCAAAAUUUCACGUUGGCUCUUUGUUCCUGUCCCUGACAAAAUCACAGAUUACAGCAUACAUGUGAUCACAAAAACAUAAAUUUCACAAGAUUAGGAACGCUUAGCUGGAGAGAGAUGCAGAGGACAAGCCUGUAUGUAAGAACAACCACUCUUUUACUUAGCUCGGCGUACAUAUGUACGCAAGUAAGUGUGAUUUCGUCAUCAUAAGGCGAGCAUGAGUAAUAACACAUAGAUACAUAUGUACAUACAUACAUAGAUGACGAACAAAAAAUAUUUCCAACUACAUCAAUAUAUGUCAACUGAGAGGAAGUAUAACAAACAUAAAAUUGUUGUUGAGAUGCUACUUCCUGUGAAGUAAGACGUCCAGAUAUCUGUGAAGCACUUAAUAUAGUGUGAUACAUACGAAGAAUAAGACAGGAAAUUCAUGUAUAGCAAAUAAUAAUAAUGUGAAGUGUGUACACACCUAUUAAUAUAAACAAUACUUGUCGAUAGAUGAGAAAUAUUCGGUCAAUAAAUGCUAAGAUAUAGUCUGGACAGUGUUCUUUAAGACAAAAACAAAACAAGACCACAAAAAGAUAGCCAUCCACCAAAGAAUGAAUUAAUUACAAGAUUACAAACCAUCAAUAGAAAAAGAAAGAAAAUUUGUAUUAAAUAAUGAACUUCCAAACAACACCAGAUCAUGAAAGAACUUAUUCAACAGAUGCAAGCCAAUCACAUAUGCUACAUUUCCAUGCAAGAUUAAUUACUUAUAUUGGCGCUACUAUAUCUGUUGGAUUAUGCAUCAUCACUCUUUGUGUCUUGAUUUGGUACAUCAGGAAACAAAAAAGCGUAACUUUUGAGCAAGUUCCGGUAGAAGAUGGCAAUACAAAUGAAGGUAAAAGUAAUACGAAAAACGUAUAUGAUGACUUCCAAUAUCUCAGAUGUAAAAACAACGAAAACACGCAACAUAAUGACAACAGAAUGCAGCAGACCAGUGUUGUUUAUGAAACACCAACAAUAGAAAAAGAACAUGUCACACUCAGAGGAAACACUACAGAUGAAGAUGCAAAUAUUUAUGGCAAUACUCUGCAACACCAGAGGCUUGAAAGGCAACCCAAGAGCGAAAUAUAUAUGAACAUGGAUACCAAUAGGUAGAAGAGGCUAGAGUAACUAGAAGAGGACUUGUACAUAUCUUAAUCAAAAAUGUCUACUGAAUUUUCCCCUUGUCUGUAUUCCAUUUGUUUUAGCCAUUACAGCUAAGGCCCAUGUCAGGUCAGGCCAGAGCAGCAAUCUUAUAUAUAUAUAUAUAUAUUUAUUCAAACUGAGAUUUUAGCCUACAUUUCAGUAAUGGCCUAAAAUAUCAGUUUAAAUAUAUGCAGGAUGGGCCAAAAGUCACGCACCGAAACAUUUGACAUUUUAUUCUUUUAUUUGUUUGUCAUUUUGACUGCAGCCAUGCUGGAGCACCACUUUUAGUCCACCAAAUCGCCCCCAGGACUUAUUCUUUGUAAGCCUAGUACUUAUUCUAUCGGUCUCUUUUGCUGAACCGUUAAGUUACGGGGACGUAAACACACCAGCAUCGGUUGUCAAGCGAUGGUGGGAGGGGGGACAAACACACAUAUAUACACAUGAUGGGCUUCUUUCAGUUUCCAUCCACCAAAUCCACUCACAAGGCUUUGGUCGGCCUGAGGCUAUAGUAAACACUUGUGCAGUAGGACUGAACCUGGAACCAUGUAGUUGGUAAGCAAACUACUUAUCUCACAGCCACUCCUGUUCAUUAUUUUAGAAAAAUUGAAGCUAGCCCUUAACAGUAAGUUUUAAUCUUGGUGCCUGAAUUUUGGUCCACCCUGUAUAUUUACAAUAUUUAUAAACUGUUAUGUGUGUUUACAUGCAUGGUUAAGUUCAUUUUGCAACCAUUUGGUUUUGAGUUCAGUCCCACUGCAUGGCAGCUUAACCAAGUGUCUUUUACUUACAACCCUGGGCUGACCAAUGCUUUGUUAAUGAAUUUAGUAAAUGGAAACUGUGUGGUAGCCUGAUAUUAUGUGUGUGAAUGCAUGUACAUGUUUAUCUUAUUACUUGACAGUGUUGGUUUGUUUAUGUCCCUGUAACUUGGCAAUUUGGUAAAAAAAAAAAAAAAUGAAAAAAACAAACAAAAAUGUUGGGGCCGCUUUGAUAGACUGAAAUCUGAGACAAUGCUCCAGCAUGGCCACAAUCCAAUGACUAAAAAAAAAAAAAAUAUAUACACACAGACUCAUUUAUGUAGCACACUGUUGAAUCAUUAAGUCUUUUUUUUUUUUACAUACUUUAUGGUAAACAACAUUGAAUUUUCAACUGUUAUUGAAGAAAUCAUUUUCAAAAAUAUUUUAUUCAGUAAAAGAUAUUAUGGACUUGGCAGG